AUGUUUUUUCCGUUUGUGGGGGUUCAAGAAUGUGUCUGUUCUGAAACUUCUCAAAUGUCUGUAUCUGAAGAAGAGACCACUUCAGAGCUCCCCAUACCUUGCCAUAUGAUAACUCAGUGGCCAAAAUGCACAAGUCAAUCUCAGAAAUUAUUGAAGAAAUUAGCAGUAGAUGAAAAUGAAAUAAGUUGUGAAAAAAACUAUGAGCAUUCGUACAGCAUAACAAAAAAUUGUGAAUCAUUAGCUGUUAAUCAGAAGAAAGAAGCCAAAAUUUCAACUUCUAGUGAAUCACCAUCAAACUCAUCACAAGAUUCACAAAAAGAUGGAGCAAUUAGCAGAAAGUGGCGAAUCUUUCCUUGUCCAGUGUGUGGGAAAGUUUAUACGUGGCAGUAUGAUUUAAAAAUUCAUUAUCGCAUUCACUCAGGAGAAAAACCAUACAAAUGUGAAUUAUGUGGAAAGGGUUUUGCCCAAAGUGGUGCUGUAAGAACUCAUAAAGCUAGACAUCAUCAAGAUGAAACAGAAGAAUCACCUGCUUCUCCAGAUUCUAAUAGUUCACAAGAACAUGUCAUAGAAAUUGAACCUAAUUCAUUGCUUACAUAAAACUCUCAGGGUACAUGAAACAUUAUAGUAUAAUAUAAAUCCAUUUUGUAUGGCCUGCCUAUCUUACUGACAAAAUGCAUAUACACAGCAUAAGAAUAUAAAAUGUUUAAUAUUUUAGUGUAUAUAUUUAUAUAUGUGCACUAAAAUAUCAUUUUUUUUUUUUUUUAAAUGAGAUCCAUAUUUACAAUUUGUUUUUAUGACUUGUAUGAUUGCUUCAGAUUUAAGCUUUCAACUAUUCUUAUAUAUUAAGAAAUCUUAAUGCUAA